UUUGCAUCUCAGAAACAUCAUCUUUCUUUCCAAGAAAGCAAAAGCAAACCAGAUUCCCAGCGCCAUGGCUUGCUGUGCUCCCUGCCGCUGCAGCGUCCCCACCGGCCCCGCCACCACCAUCUGCUCUUCUGAUAAACUCUGCCGGUGUGGAGUCUGCCUGCCCAGCACCUGCCCACACACUGUUUGGUUACUGGAGCCAACCUGCUGUGACAACUGCCCCCCACCCUGCCACGUUCCUCAGCCCUGCGUGCCCACCUGCUUCCUGCUCAACUCCUCCCAGCCCACCCCAGGCCUGGAGACCCUCAACCUCACAACCUUCACCCAGCCCACCUGUGAGCCCUGCAUCCCGAGAUGCUGCUGACCGAUGGCUGCUUUGCUCAGUGCCUGACACUGAAGACCCCAGAAGCUAUCUAUUCAGUAUUCACUUGCCUCAGUAGUUCAUCAGAUGUUGAGGCCCAGAUGGCCCAGAUACGGACAACCUACCUUUCAUUUUAAUGGAAAGAAAAUCAAGAAAUUUUGGUUGAAUAACCGUUUGGUUCAUGUGGGCAGAUGAAUGUCAUCUAUUAUCAAAAUACCAUUGAAAUCUUUAAGACCUUAGACUAUAUUUUCUUGGUCAUGUUGCUUCUUGGAUCCCAUUUCUUGUAUUGGGUAUUUUCAUAGAGGAAAAAAUUUCUUGAUGAGUUUUCCAAUAAACUUAUUUCUCUGGCAA